UCGGUGGAUUAUCUAGGUAACAUCGCCAGUUGGUCGGAUGAUAAAGGAGAUAAAAGCCACAAUAUUCUCCUCCCUGGCCACUCCGAAGCAGACCAUGGGACUAGCAGGGCUACAGGAAAUACUAUCAGUAGCAUGUCUACUGACCACCUCGGGGCUAACAUUUCACAUAGAGAAUCAUCAGCAAAACCUUCACCAGAACAACGGCAGCAGAGUAGUCCGCAGUGUUUCCCCGUGGGACUACUUCCCCAUGGUUCCUCUCAACAUUCACGACUUCCUCGAGACGGAACAGAUGUCAGGAAAGACUGAGAGGGAUGUACACAUGCCAGAGUUUCGGCCGCUGUGCCAAGUGAUCCGUCGAAGGGUGGAACUGAGGGAUGCGGGAGGCGAUGACGAGUAUGAGUACAGACCUCCUCAUUACUUUGAGAGCAUCUGCAAGGGCCCCAACCAACGGAACCCUGACUUCGCUGGCACUGGCAACAGUUUGAUGUGUGUGUAUCCUGGAUUCUCGUGCGUUCAGAGGUCCCAGACAAUCUACCUGACUCGUCGUAAGUUUGACUCCAACUGCUGGGAAGUGUUCACUCGUACCAUUCCCUCAAACUGCGAGUGCAUGUGGCCUGUACAGUCCUUGGGCGAGGUCGCUCACCAUUACCAACAAUAAUCGCACAAUAAACACACACU